CUCCUCGGCGGCUGGGAGGGGAUCCCGGGAGGGCGGCGGGGCGAGCCCUGAGACGGCGGUGGGGCUUCCCCUGUGGCUGUCCUUCCUGCUGGGCUGACGGACCUGGCUAGGCCCUGAGGAGAAGCCGGGUACAGGCCGCCCGUCCUGCUGCUGGGGGAGCUGGCCUUGACACUCCAAAUAACGUCUCCGUUUCCCCUCUCUCCUUUUCUUCAAGAACAUGAUGCUGUUGGGGAAGCUUGUGCAGCCGGUGUGCAGCCUGAGCAGGCUGCCGCCGCCGCCGGGCGCCUGCAGACACUUCUGGGGAUGGCUGAAUGCCGUGUUCAACAAAGUGGACUACGAACGUAUAGAAGCCGUUGGCCCCGACAGGGCAGCGUCGGAAUGGCUGUUGCGAUGCGGUGCCCUGGUGCGCUACCAAGGCCAUCAGAAAUGGCAGCAGGACUACAACGGUCUCCCAACGGGGCCCUUGGGGAAAUACAAGAUAGAAGCAAUUAAUGCCACCGACUCUUGUAUCAUGUACAGAGGAUUUGACUAUUUGGAUGGUCUCGAACAUGUGACAGAAAUCACGCUGCAGAAGUGUAUUUACAUACAGGACGAGUGUCUGCAGAGGCUCAGCAAGACGAAGAAUCUACAGAAGAGCCUCCUCCAGCUGAAGAUAAUUUCCUGUGGGAAUGUCACAGAUAAAGGCAUCAUUGCACUGCACAAGCUGACGAACCUUGAAUAUUUGUUUCUGAGUGACCUUCCUGGAAUAAGACAGAAAGAAACUACUGCUCACAUCCUUCGGCAGGCACUGCCAAACCUCGAGCUGGAGCUGGAUUUAGAAUAAACACAACUGCACGUAACUGAGGAAAUGAUGCCAAGCACUGCUAAGGACAAUGUUCUGUACUACGGGGCUGGUUUUUCCUCCUAUCUCCUAGCACAGAGUGGGCAGGAACGGUGCCCAGAACCGACGUUCCCUCCGGCCUGCGCUGCCCAGGGCUGUGCCAAGCUACUACGGCUUCAGGCGGCGCCGGGGUGCUGCCAUACCGCGCACCUCUGCGGGGUUAGACGGCUGAAUGUCCACACAGGAAAUACAGGAGCACCAAUGCUUUCUGAGCGUAACCAAAGCUACCUAUGGACACAACGUACGAGAUUAAAAUAUACUAAAUUAUACUAUGAAAUAAGAGGUGGACAGGCACACUGAAAGGCUAUGGCAUUUGUCCCACCGAAACUGCUUUUACUGUUGUUGAACACAGAACGGUACUGGGAAAAGAAACCAUUUUUGCUGUAGGUUUCAAGCAGAAAGAGGAUGUUCCUCGCCCAAUGGUAAAACUUGAUACAGUAAAACACAUUGGAAAAACAAGCUACAUUUCUUUUAUUCAAAACCAACACAAUAUUACAUCCUGAGAUUACACAAAACCCAAGAAUCAUUCCAAUAUGUACCCUUAGGUAGAAUUCCUGCCUGUGUCUGGCCAAUGUUAUAAAUGAUAGUCAUGAAUUAUUUUUGAUAAAAGAAUUUCUGUAACGCUACAGGCAAGUGACUUCACUAUUGACAGAAACAGCAAAUAAAACCAGCCUCAUAAUGCAAGGAAGAAACAGGCAGGAGGGACUCUGAAAAGACUAAAGAAACAACAGGUUUUACUAUUAAAACGUUCUCCUCCUGGUAACAGUGCCUGCUGAGCCUUCCAUUAAGUCUGAGCUGCUGCCAGAACUCUCCAUACUUUGUGAUCUAUAAAUGCAGUCCCUAGGACAGACGUAUCUUUAAAGCAGUGCUGUUUCUGCAGAAUUAUAACUACCUGGAGCCGUUAGGCAGCCUCUCUUCAGGCUCGGCUCCAUAAACACAUACAUCUGUCUUCUAUUUGCACUAGCUGUACGUUUACAGUUCCUUGCGGCAUCAGUGACUUAGCCCCAGUCUAAAGCAGUAUUGCUGUUUUGACACAGCAGGACUUGCAUUUAUUUGGCACAGUCGCAGUUCUUCUGCCAAGUCUGAAAUACAGGUGGUAGACAGGCAACAGAGUUUCUAAAUUCAUGCUGUAAACAGUGGGUUGCAGUAAUUCUGAACCAGUAUACAAUCACAAACCAGUAUAUAACCACAAACCAGUAUACAAUCAUGAAUUAAAGCAAAACAAAUGUAUUUUCCUUUAUACACAGAACACCGACGAACGUGAACUUGGAGCUUGCCCUGUGCAUCACUCGCCUUCCAUCAGUGACCCAAACUACACUACUUUACAAACCACUUUUGUGGAUGUCAUAACAUGUAUUAAUUUAGUUUUCCACCACAUAUCCUCCUUUUAUAAAUUCCGAAUGACUUGAACUUUGGAAAAUAAAUAGUUUUUCAUCCGCCAUCCCA